AUGAAAGAAAUUGUUAUACAAAUUUUAUUAAUUAGAACUUUCGAUGGUAUUUCUGUUCAAGUCGACGAAUGGAUGGCAACAAGCAUAAUUCUAUUGUUGAUUUUCACUGCCAGUGUUCUAACUGUGCCACUGCUGUCCUUUCCAACGUCACUAUCGAUCGUUGCUAAUCAAUUUCCACAUUCAUACAUUCAAUUUCGGCGAGCCGAAGAUCGACGGUAUCGGCCUGCCUUAGUUAGUUUUCUGCACCGACAGCCCGACGGUUCGCAAUUAGCCAGCAUACGUUAUUAUCGUAUUGUUUUCCAUUGUAAUAUUCUACCUGGUUCACUCUACCUUCGAUUUUCACAUUUACAACCCUAUCGAACUGUUGUUCAAAACCGGCAAGACCCGUCAACUAUCUUUGCUUUUCGAUCUGUUGGUGCUUAUAGUCGUGUUCAAAUACAAAACUAUGUGUCCGGACUUUGGUUAUGUAUGAAUAAACGAGGCAAAAUAGUACAAAAAUCGGAUAUCACGAUUAAUAACUUAGCGUGUACAUUUCGUCAAAAUUCAGCUGGACCUUAUAAGACACUUGUAUCCGAGCUAGAUCCAACGCGUCAAAUGACAUUCAGUACUCUUCAUCUGCUAUCAACAAAUCCGAUUCUCCAUCGUCGUUAUGCUCAGUAUAUGACAAAUGAACAUUCACUUUUUCGAAAAGAACAAUGCAAUCGAUUUAUGCUCGAUAAUCAAAUCGAUAUCAGUGUAUUCAAUCGAACAAAGGAUCGUUUCUCUCGCUUAAAACAUUGA